ACUUACUAUGUGUAAGUGGUCUGGAUCAUCGGAAUCCUCAUACAAAUGUCAAGUCAAAUCGACGAGCGGCCCGCACAGCCCCACGCCACACUCAGUCAAAGCCUAGUUAGUCCCGCACCAUGAUCUCCUCUGUCGUCAAGGGCCUCGCCGCGAAGGGCAAGCGCUCGAUGAGCACUAUCCGCUACUCGGAAUUCGGCCACCCGCUCUCCGUCCUCAAGACGGAGGCGGACGACAAGGAGGCCGCUCCUGCGCAGGGCCAAGUGGCCCUCAAGUUCCUGGCUGCGCCCAUUAACGUGGCCGACCUGUCCCAGAUCCAGGGCGCGUACGCCAUCAAGCCCAAGUUCCCGGCCGUGGCCGGCAAUGAAGGCGUGGCCGUUGUCACGGCCGUGGGCUCCGGCGUCACCAACGUCAAGGUCAACGACCGCGUCAUCCCUACGGCUGCCGGCUUCGGUACGUGGCGUAGCAAGGCUGUGGCCGACAGUGCUGACGUGAUGAAGAUCUCGGACAAGAUCAAGGUGGAGGACGCGGCCACGCUGGCCGUGAACCCGGCCACUGCCUACCGUAUGCUGGCCGACUUCACGACGCUCAACAAGGGCGACGUGGUGAUCCAGAACGGCGCCAACAGCGCCGUGGGCCAGGCCGUCAUCCAGCUGGCCGCUCUGCGUGGCAUCAAGACCAUCAACAUCAUUCGCGACGACGGCGACUAUGACGUGACGGUGGAGCACCUGAAGAGCCUGGGCGCCGACAUCGUGUGCACGGCCGACUACGCUGGCUCUGCCAAGUUCAAGGAGCUCAUCUCGGACCUGCCGGCCCCCAAGCUCGCGCUCAACUGCGUGGGCGGCAAGACAAGCCUCGAGAUGGCCAAGGCGCUGGCCAAGAAGGGCGUGCACGUCACGUACGGCGGCAUGAGCAAGGAGGCCGUGGCCGUGGGCACGGGCUCGCUCAUCUUCCACGACAUUACGCUCAAGGGCUUCUGGCUGAGCCAGUGGGUCAAGGACUCGACGGUCGAGGAGCGUGCCGCCAUGCUGUCGGAGCUCGCGGGCCUCGUGGAGGCCGGCAAGCUGCGCUCGUGGAUUCAGACAUAUAAGUUCGAGGACUUCGACGACGCUCUGCAGGCCGCCGUCGCCCGCACAACGAAGCGCAAGGUCGUGCUGCUCAUGGAGUAGAUAGACCGUGACUGCGGCGUGACGAAAGAAAGGGAAGCCCACAAUGAAAGAAAGCAAUGAAUGGCCGACCUGAAUACGAGAAAAACAAUGCGGAAAAUGGAUAAAAUGUGCACUUCCGCUUAUCGUUCAACUGAUAGACAAGUUGUCUCCAUCUAUUCUAGCUUCAGUCUAAUGGUAGAGCAGAGUGAGGUGGUCAUCACUUGCAGUCGAAGCGAUCUUCACCUUGGCCAGCCGUCGAGGCAGUUCACGCUGCACUUGUUGAGCAUCGACUGUCACCUUGUCCU